AAACACAGCCUCACUGUUCGUUCUCCUCGGUGACCAAAGGAAUUGAAGAAAGAAGAAGAAGAAUAUGGCUCUCUCAGUUGUAUCCUCUGUUGCACAAUACCUUGGUGGCCUGCUAAUGCAAGAGGCAGAACUCAUAGGCGGGGUAUCAGAUCAGAUUGAGAAGAUCCAAAAUGAAAUGAAUCGGAUACAAGCCUACCUAAUAGAUGCAGAUGCAAGACAGGAUGAAAGCGCAGCUGAUCGUAAUAGGGUUUCAGAAAUGAGAGACCUUGCAUACGAUGUGGAAGAUGCCAUAGACAUCUAUAUUCUGGAAGCUAAGUAUAAAAGCUUCUUCAAUCCAAAGAAAUAUGUACGACAACAAACCGGCAGAAAUGAAGGAUUCCCAGAUUGUGAUUGCAGAUAAAGAGGAGGGGAAGAAGCAAUUAGCACCCAAUAGAAGCUCCAACAAGGAUAGACACACCAAGGUCGACGGGAGAGGGAGAAGGAUAAAGAUGCCAGCUCUGUGUGCAGCGAGGAUUUUCCAGUUAACAAGGGAAUUGGGUCACAAAUCCGAGGGCGAAACCAUACAGUGGCUGUUACAGCAAGCAGAGCCGUCGAUAAUCGCUGCUACGGGUACAGGGACGAUCCCGGCCUCGGCGCUUGCUGCUGCUGGUGGCUCUGUUUCUCAGCAGGGUACCUCUGUUUCUGCGGGCUUGCAUCAGAAGAUCGACGAGUUGGGACCAGGCGAUGUUGGGUCUGGAAGUAGGACCAACUGGACAUUGGUUGGGGGUAAUUUAGGCAGAUCCGCUGUGGCCACAGGCUUAUGGCCCUCUGUCAGCGGCUUCAGUACGGGGUUUGUUCAUUCUUCUAGUCCUUCCACAUCAAAUUUGCCCAGCAAAAGCUCGAAUUACUUGCCUAGAAUUGGGUUCCAUGGAUAUGAACUGCCAACUUCCAAUUUGGGUCCAAUGAAUUUCGGCUCAAUUUUGGGUGGGAACACUCAUCAACUUCCAGGAUUGGAGCUUAGGCUUUCUAUGUUUCUUUCUUUUAUUUAGAAAGAAAAGCAUUCUGGAAAAGCAAAGACCAAUCUGGAUUCGUGAAACAACGAUCCAACACUUCCUUAAUCAAGUUGGGUGGUUUUUGUCUGUUGGACCAGGUAAAACGAGAACCGCGUGGUCUUUCAUCCAAGAGGUCCAACGAGGAAAUCAAAUUGCCAAAUGAGGUGGUGGAAAGAGAUGGAUGAAAGGGAACACCCCCAAGCUUUUCAUCUUGGGAUAGGAUUUCAUUAUAGUCGCCAACUACAACAUAGGAUUGAGAAAGUGAAGAAAGAAACAUAGAAAGCAUAUGAUAAUAAAUCAAUCGAGCCUUAGAAUGAGGUGGAGCAUAAACACAAAUGAGGCACCAAUUGCCCCAAUAGAAAACAUUUAUGUAAACAGCCAUGAAAUGUGAGAAAAAAUCAACCUUGGAAAUGGAAAUCGUGGAUGAAGAAAGUAGAGAUCAGGACCAAAGAGUUGGAUGAGAAGGAAACACAGUCCAAGAUCAAGUUCUUGAUGGCAGAGAUCUCAGGCUCGACAGAGAUGGCAAUAGGGUUGUCUCUUUUCCGCUUCUUACAGUUCCAAGCAGGGGCACCUUGGGCCAAUUGGAUGGGUGUAGUAGUAGUUCGGCCUGGAGCAUUCUCAACAGCGGCCUGGUGUGGAGGUAGCUUAAUGGAAUCCUGGAUAGUCCCCCUUUCAGAGGCGGCAAUAACAUGUGUAGUAGCCUUGUGUGAAUCGGAAGCAUCGUAGAGGUGCUGGUGUAUAGUAACACCCGG